AUUAACCAAUUAGGGUUUAUGGGGUCUCGAUCGGAAGAUGACGAUGGUGCAGUGCAGUUUGGCCGAAUUUGGCGAAGCAGGAAAUGCUGACGAGGGAGGUAAACAUGAAGCGGAUGCUGUGAAAGUGAUACCAAGCGCAAGGGCAGCAUCGGCUUUGGAUUGUCGUGUGGGAGAAGCUUGUGACCUCUGCAAUCUGUUCAUGUAAUCGCGAGGUGCCCGGGAAAGCUUUUGAUGCGAUGCUGGAGCACAUAGCUGCAGGGGAUGCUAGUUGAUGAGUUGAAUCCUCUGUGCCGCAUUUCAGCUUUUGGAAUUGCUUGGAAUUUCCUGUGAUGACGCCUCGAGUUGUAUCGUCGCUGUUGGUCAGACCAUGGCUGUGGUCGAUGAGGCAAGGGAUCCCGUGUACCGCUUGUCAUGUUGGAUCUCGUGCCGAUUGCCCACCAAUCUGGACCCCAUUUUCAGUAUGCAGGUGCAGCCUUCAAUGCUUGUGCAGAGGUACUCGGUUGACAAAAGUCUUUUCAAACUGGCAGUUGGUAAUUUAGCAGUUCGUAGUCAGGGGCGUGGUCGGUUGUGGGAGACAUUCGGUGGAAGGCGAGGCUUCCAGGAUUAUGCAACAACGCCGGAGAAUGUAUUGAAUCUGAAACCGUGUGUUGUUAUUUACGAUGGUGUUUGCCACCUUUGCAAUGCAGGUGUGAAUUGGGUCAUAAGGGUGGACAAGAAGAAAGCUAUCUCGUUUUGUGCGGUGCAGUCAAAGGCAGCUGAACCUUACUUGCUGCUAUGUGGUGUAACUCGAGAGGAUGUUUUGAGGCGCUUUGUUUUCAUCGAAGGACCGGGUGAAAUUCAUCAUGCUUCUACUGCGGCCCUCAAAGUGGCAUCUUAUUUGCCGUUUCCAUAUUCGGCACUGUCAGUAUUCUUUGUUAUCCCAGCUACUAUUCGAAACGCUGUGUACGAUUACGUUGCCAAACGGCGCUAUAGGUGGUUCGGACAGUCGAAAGAGUGUAUUUUGCCCUCCAGUGACGUGUUGGACCGCUUUAUUGACAAGUUGGAAAUCCAGAAGAAAAUGACGGAAGACCAGUAUAAUGAGCAAGUACAGGAUUAAUUUACUUUCGACAAGGUGGUUUUAAGAUAGAAGCAAACUCAUCACCUUUUUGAAGAUUUUCACCUGCUGUGCUUGUCCCUGCAUCUUUUGCUAGACCUUGGUAGUGCAAACCUGAAGGAUUGUCUUUUUUCAGUGCUAGCUCAAUCAUCCAUAGAAUUCAAAGCUAACGAUUGUUGCAGAGAGGUACAAUGGAAGUUUGAGAGUCAUCUGGAGAAUUCAGGUUUGUCAUGUGUACAUACUAGCCUAUUCCUACAACAUUCAGGUGAUCGAGAAAUGGUUCAGAGGGCGUAGGUGUUUUGCUAACUUUUGAGCCCAAUAAGAAUUUAGUAGAAGGGGUGAGAAUAAGGUAUGUGUGUGACGACUUCUUAUGUCAUUUAGUGACUCCACAUAUCGUGACCCCCGCAGCAAAUCAAAGUUGUUCAUCCAUCAAGCUCUUUUCUUUAUUUGGUUUUCUAGUUGCUCUCAGCAUUGUUGAUUAAACCCAAUUGGUACUUCCCUUUAGAAUUUGAUAAGCACAGAGGGCACAAGAAUAGAUGAUUUCUAUCUGUUAGAAGAAAGUGAUCCAUACUUGUAAGAAGGCUUUGUAGCAUUUGGUGAUUUUGAUGUGAGAGUGUUAUUUCUAAGAGUGAAACUAGUAAUCUUUGCCAUUUUAGUUUUUUUGAAUAUAUAUAUUUUUUAUUUCUAUUUUUUUA